UCCACUCUCCAGAGUCAGAGUCCUACUCUCUGCGUAGGCGUGGAUAAUGAAAGUACCUAUGUUCAGGGAAUGCAGGACAACUGCCAAGUGACAAAGACUCCUCAGUUCUGCAGUAUACGCUGAAUGUGAAAUGGAUAAUUUGGACCUUGCUAUUCAGAUUUCAGGAACUUGGUGAGCUUUGCCUUCCACAUUCUGCUUACUGAUCACUUCCAUACCUGUAAGGUGAUGGCUUCUGGAAUUCAGCACAGAAAGACUCUUCACCUCAUUCUUUUCCUACAGACUGUUCAUUUGGUCAAAGGCCAGUUUAAAGUUAUACCUCUGAACAAGCCUGUGGUUGGAAUCAUUGGGGAAGGAGUCCUCCUGCCCUGCCAGUUGGAAGCUAAGACAAUCUCAGAGAGACUUCUGGUUCAGUGGAUAUUUACUGGAAAAUCCCCGAAUAUUGGUGUAACUACCUAUGAUGGAAUAAACACACUAAAUCCAGUUAGGGAGGAAAAGAGAUACCAGGGCCGGACACGUUUCUUUCAGAGUGAAGUCACUAAGGGAAAUUUCUCUCUUCAACUAAAAAACGUCAUGCUCUCUGAUAAAGGCAAAUACAUCUGCUUUGUCUCUUUGGAGAAUUGGUAUGAUGAAGUGGUGGUUGACCUGAACGUGGCAGCUCAAGGUGAUGAGUCUGCAGUUUUCCUGGAUGGUCCCGUGGGUCAGGGCAUUGGCCUCACCUGCAAGUCACACGGAUGGUUUCCAGAGCCUGAAAUUAUUUGGCUGGACAGCAAAGGACAGACACGGAAGGAGAAAGUGGUCACACAAACCACAGAGACACCACCAGGCCUUUUUGAUGUUGUCAGUUCCAUUACCCUUGAACCAGGAUCGAACACAGAAGUCUCCUGCAGAAUAAUCAACAACCUCAUCAACACAGCAUGUGAAUCCCGAGUCCUGAUUUCAGAUGUUUUCUUCCCAUCCACUUCACCUUGGAUGACUGCAUUCCUUGUAAUUACAUUUUGCACUGUGGCUGUUAUCAUCGCCACAGGCUAUAAGCUGAAGAUUAAUUGUACAAGAAGACAAAAAGAAGAAACGACGGACGAGCUCAAAAAGGGUAAAUACUUCUUGUCUUCUAUAAAUAGAUGUGAUCACAGAGAACAGAUUUAAACUAUACGAGGAAAUCAUUACAGGGGAGAAGAGCUGGUGGGGGGAAGGGUGUGUGGAUUUCCUACUUGUAAUGUAAGGGACGUGACAGGCAACUGGAUGAGAUUGAGAUAUUCAAUAGGUAGGUGCUUUAAAGUGACUGUAUGAACAUCAUUU